CAACACAGCACAAACAGAAAUGGCGACAUACAAUCACCAUGGCGCAUUGAUCACUGAUCAUGUAGCCUCAACAGCAUCAUCCUCUUCGGCUGGACGACAAUCUCCCACAGAAGUAGAAGAAGGGCUGUUUAACGAGGCACCCUCACUAUCUAAAAAUGCACAAAAACGAAUCUUGAAAGCACAACGAAAUGAAGAAUUAAAGAAAAUCAAAAGACAACGGGAAAGAGAACGUAAAAAGAUCAAAAGGGAAGAAGCAAAGAAGCAAGGUACAUACGUUCCCGUCAGUAAACAUAAGAUUAGACCGGCAGAGAGCGUUCCUGUAAAUGCUUCGCUUGUGAUUGAUUUGGGCUUUGAUGAUUUGAUGACAGAGAAGGUAAGCCUAUAUUGACACUGUAUGUCACUUUCGGGUGAGCUGACAUUCUUUCUCCUCCUUUGUCAGGAAAUCGCAUCAAUGACAUCACAGCUGACACUCGUCUAUUCGGCGAACAAGAUGGCCCUUCGACCUUUUCAAUCGCUCAUCUUAUGCGGACAAGGAACGCUAGCACCGACCGAGCUACUCUCAACAGACGUUGGCGCUGAUCACCUUGAACAGAAUGGAAGAGGACCAGAGCUGACGUUGUUUGACAGUAAAGUGGGACAAAGGAUGCAAGAGCGAAUGUUAGGAUCAUGGGAAAGAUGGCAAGAUGUUGAAUUGCGAAACGAAGGAGGAUUAGAGGGUCUGUAUAAGGAAGACAGCACGGGAACCUCUCAGACUCAACCAGUCUGUUCGCUUGAUAAGGUCGUAUAUCUGACUGCUGAUACUGAGACUACUUUGGACACUAUCAAGGAAGGAGAGAUGUACGUCAUUGGAGGUUUGGUGGAUCGAAAUAGGUACAAGAACAUUUGUGCUGAAAAAGCGAGAAGAUUAGGCUUACGUACAGCUAGAUUGCCGAUUGGUGCAGAUCGAUUAAAGUCAAGCACUGUGAUGACGGUCAAUCAAGUUGUGAAUAUUUUGUUGGCUUUCAAUCAAACGGGCAGUUGGGAAGAAGCAUUGGAUGAACAUUUACCGAAAAGGAAGAUGAAGGAGAGCGAACAGAAGGGAGAGAUGGAUAGCAAGAGUGUUUCCGAGGAAGACGAUCAGAGUGAUAAUUAAUCUACUCCAUCAUGUAAAGAUAUACAUUUGUACUCUAUCAUUAUCAAUAUCAUCUAGC